AAACGUUUUGCGGGCGGGAGGAGGAGGAGGCGCCGACUGAAGCGGAAACAUGUCUGGCGGUUCCAGGAAUCCAAUUUGGUGAAAUGUGUAAUGGCUUGCUUGAUUAAAAAAGGCAGUGUCUACUCUCCGGAAUCAACUGUUUCUUGUCUUCUGGCAGAUUGUAGCCUUAGCAAUAGUAGUUGCUCCUUGAAAUCCCACAGUUCAAUUCAGUACAAGGACAGGCUCUAUAGGUCUGCAUCUCAAGCAUUGGAGGCCUAUAUUGAAGAUUUCGAUCUCAGCCUUGCGUCGCCAGAAGUAAGACCUGGGAAAAUAUGCAUUACGCAGAGUACUCGUAAAGACCUAAGGUCCUUGGAGGACAGUUUCAAGCGCAGAUAUGCUUUGGAGAAAUUUGAGCAGCAAGCCAUAUUAGGGUCAGUUGUGCCACAUCUGAGGAGAAAAAAUGCCUAUGAUGCAGAUAUGCUUAGUCUCACUACCGAUGAUCUUCUAGCAUUCCCUGCAGAUGGUUCUUUACCUUUUAUCCAUGCUGCUGCCUUAAGACCUGUUCCUCGAAAUAUCAACCGGAACAGGAAGUCGUUGACAGCAUCUGCUUCCCGUGCUCAUCAAGCUUCAUCCUUUGGCAAUGAAAAAGUAUCAAAUUUUCCUGAAAAUCCAGGUUCCCCUUCAUAUCAACGCUCUAGCAGAAAUGUGAACACACAACACACAUUUCACAGAUAUGACUCUGGGCAUUCUGUGAAGGACCACCUCAUGGGAGAAGACAACUCAGAGUCUGUAUUUCAUAAGAACUAUCCAAGGUGGCUUACAAGCCAGAAAUCUGACUUAAGUGUUUCAGGGAUAAGCAGCAUUCCCAAUUUCAAGUAUCCAAUCUGGCUGAAGAGUCAUAAUCUCUUGCCGGAGUCAAGCAAUGAAAGUUCUACCUGGGCACCAGGUGGAGAGGACGGUGCCACAUUUUUGGAAAAUAGCAAGACACUGAUGAGGAGUCAAAACGAUGUGGAAAGGUCAAACCAUCCUGGAUGUUCUGGACAUAACGAUUUGUUGGACCAAGAACAUGAGCACGAAGUUCAGAGAAACUGCCGCUAUGAUAUUUCAAGUGCCUAUUUCACACCUCAGGGCUUAAAACACAGGCAUUCAUUUACAGAUGAGGGUACUGAUCUACUACUUCAGAAGACAAGGAGGACUCGGGAGACUUCUGCUGACGAAUUAACCAAUGCGCUGAAAAAUGAUGGCAGCCCUUGUACAGUUGAUGUGUUAGAAGCAGAAAGAUCAUGGGAUAAUGUUCCUAUUGGUUUGAAAACUCCAGUACCUGUGUGUUGUGAGGAGGAGACCUUUCCACAAAACCCCAAAGCAGGCAUUGUUAAUGAAUUUUUGGAAGAUUGCUUAAAGAAUGUUGGGCAGUUCCAGGAGGACACAUUCUCUGGAGGGAAUCAUCAUGGCCCCGUGGAAGCUUUGAAGCUAAUGCUGUUUAAUCUUCAAGCAGUUCAGCACAGCUUUAACCAGAACAAAACUGCUGGACAAAAAGAGGAACUGAAGAAAACUUUUGUAGAUGAAGAUGUGGAAUUUAAACUGCAUGAUCAUGAUAUCAUCCCUGUAAAAAAGUCACUUCAGAGGGCUUUACAUCAUUUAUCUCGACUUAAAGGUCUGGUUGAUGAUACAAGUGGCAAAGACUAACCAAAAAACAGUUAUCAAGACAUGAAGCAUACAUUGUCAUAAAUCUGUGAACUGGGAGAAAUUCCUAGGGCAGUCUCUUAAUCAAGACCUGGACAUUCGUGGGAUAAAUACUUCUCAAACUAGAGCGUAUGCCUACCACUUCAGCUCAACUGUGGUUUGAUGGAUGUUCUCUAUUGAUUUUUUUUUUUUUUGACUUUUCAAAAACUUGCACAAGCUCAUUGAAUGGGCUGGUGGCACUGAGUGGAACUUGGGGCUCCCUCUUCUUCUCCACUCCCACAAGCAACUGACUUCAUCCAUGCUGUACGCCAUAAGAAGCCUUUGCAAGCCCCCUGCGUUCCGUGCAGCAUGAGCUGCUUGGCGAAAGCCAACUCUAAAACCCUGCUUGAAUUCUCAGGUUUCACCGUUCUCUAGCACAACAGAGACAAGGAUCCAAAGGAUUAAGUGUCACCCACAGGCUAUCAAAGCUAACCUUGGGAAUGCAGGAAAUCAAGAUCAUCAAACGAGAAAGUCACAACAGCCUUAUUGCAGAAAUUGCUUUUUGUUUGUCGAUUUACUGUGUUUACAAGGGUGGGAGGGUGAUCUUCAGAAUACAAGCUGCUUUCCUUGCACUUCUAAUCAUGCUUUGCAUCAUAGGAUUAAAUUUCAGCAUAGUGAAAAAUAUACCGGAGGUUUCUAGGGUGGCACAUUCUGGGAAACCAUAAUAGUCAAGCUGUGAUGUCUCCCGCUUUCUGCCUGGAAGUACUAUGCUAUAGGCUUGGGGAACUAUGGUGGAAUCCAGGAGUUUUCAUAGAAAUGUGUAUUACAGCUCUUGUUCUUGAGAAUGAGGGCAGUUAAAAAUGUAAGUUCUCACAAAAUAUACCCAUAUGAUGUAGCUCAAAUAUCUUUAAAAGUGCCUUUUCCCACAUAGGUUGGAAUAUCAUUUGUUGCUCCAAGACUGUUGGAAUAUUUUUUAAAAAUAUAUAACGAUUGAUGCUGCUGGUGUCA